GAAGAAGAUAUCAGAGCGCCACAUCUCUGUGUUCAACAUAAUUGACUUACAUGAGACGGAACUUUACCUGGACUGUGUGGAUCAUCUCAUUGGAGCUAGUGAAUGAAAAUGAAAUCAAUGUCUUCAUCUUUGCUGUGCGUCUGGGCCAGUUAACCAAUGACGAUAAGAUGAGUCUGGAAUGGCUUCAGAGAGUGUUUGGUGACAAAGUUCUUAAGUUUGUGAUGAUUCUCUUCACCUAUGAGAGAGAAGACGAGUGCAACACUUUAAAAUAUAAUCUAAAGAAAAACCCUGAUCUGCAGCAGCUGCUGGAGAAAUGUGGAGGAAGAUAUCAGACCUGCAACAAGAUGAUGAACAACCGAUCAGAGAUGAGAGACCUGAUGAAGAAGAUUGAGCAUCUGUUUAAUGAAAAUCAACAGCAGUGCUACACUGGAGAGAUGUUCAACACUGCAUCAAUAAGGAGAAAAGAGCUGGAAAGCAGUGAACAUCACUGUGGCCACACAUCAGAAAUGGAAUCAAAUGCACAACUGAACUUCAUUUUACUGGGAAAAAAACAAAGUGGAAAGAGUGCGUCAGGAAACACAAUACUGGGACGAAAAGUUUUCUUGUCAAAGAAAAGCUCCAAAUCAGUCACCUGGGAUGUAGAUGUGAAAUCUGGGACUGUUGAUGGGUUUCCAGUCACUGUUUAUGACACACCUGGAUUCUGUCACUCAGAGCUGACAGAAGAAGAGAUUCAGCAGAAACUGAAAAAGGUUCUCCAGAAAUGUGAUUCUGGUCCCUGUGCAUUUUUGCCGGUUAUCAAAGCUGAUAGUUUCACUGAAGAAGAGAUAAAAACUAUGGAGAAGACUGAGAAGCUGCUGGGAGAAAAACACUUGGAAAAAACCUGGAUUCUCUUCACCAGAGGAGACGAACUACAAGAUGAAAACAUGACCAUAAAUGAAUUCAUCAACGAGACUAAAGCACUGAAAAAACUUGUUCAAAAAUAUGAUCAAAGAUACCAUGUGUUCAACAACAAGACCCUAGGACAUAGUGACCAAGCUCGAUUACUGCUGGUAAAAAUUCUCCGGAGAUCUUUUGGAAUAAAGGAUGGAGGAGGACUCAGACAGAUUCAUGACAGUCUAAACACUCCUAAUGAACCAGACACUCCUGUCUCAAGUCACUCAUCCAGAAGGAUUGUUCUUCUGGGUAAAACUGGUGUUGGGAAAAGUGCAGCUGGAAACACAAUACUGGGACAGAAAGACUUCAAGUCUGUGAUGAAAACGAAUUCAGUAACCCGCAGAUGUAUAGAGAAACAUGCCACUGUUUUAGGCAGAUCUGUGUCUGUAGUUGAUACUCCUGGAUUCUUUGACACACACAUGACAACAGAAGAGUUAAUGACAGAGAUAGGGAGAAGUGUUUAUUUAUCCAGUCCUGGACCUCAUGCUUUUCUCAUUGUGUUCAGAGUAAUUGACAGAUUCACUGAACAUGAGCAGCAAAUUCCUCAGCAGAUUCAGAUGGUUUUUGGUCAGGAGGUGUUAAAAUACUGCAUCAUUCUCUUCACUUACGGAGAUCUGCUGAAAGGACAAAAUGUAGAGACCCUCACUGAGGACAACUGUCAAAUAAGACAUCUGCUUGAACAGUGUGGAGGCAGAUAUCACGUCUUCAACAAUGAAAAUCAGAAUAGUAGAGAGCAGGUGAAUGAUCUACUGCAGAAGAUCGACACAAUGAUAGCAGGAGGAGGACAUUACAGUAAUCAGAUGUUUGAAGAUGCUCAGAGAUUCAGACAAGAGGAAGAAAAGAGAAAAGAGAGAGAGAAAAAGGAGAGACAACAAGAAGAGGAGAACAGGGACAAGAUGAGACUGAGAGAAUUUUAAAAAAGGAAGAAGUAGAAACACAAAGUGAAAACCCUGAAUUUAAACAAUUUUUGUCUAAGCAUCAGCACACUUUGCGUUUAUCAGCCUUUGCACUUGGUAAACAUAUGAUUGCUGGUGAAUCUAUCGGUGUGUGUGUUGGUGGGGCUGUUGGUGCAGCUUGUGGACUUAUUGGUGGCCCUGUUGGUAUAGCUGUUGGUGUAUUUGUUGGUGGAGCUGUUGGUGGAGCGGUCGGUGCAGCUGUUGGUGCAGUUGUUAGUAAAGUUAGGCAUAAAGUGUGACAAAUUCUCAUGGCCCACAAAUUUAGGGGACACAAAACCCAGUUCAGGUAAAGACUGUACAUGAGUCAGCCAAAUACCUUUGAAUAUAAACGUUCACAUUAUCCAUAAUUCCUUGUGAAAGCCUUGUGUGGAGUUAUUGUUAUAGCAGGCUCAUGCUUGUUCAGAAAAAUCACCUUGUUCGAUAAAUGAUUCUGUUUAAGCAUUUAGAGUUAUUAUACCUUUUUAAAUUCUGAAUAAAAUAUUGGAUUAUGGGAAA